UGUGUGUGUAUGUGGGAGUCAAGGUUAGCCUUGUUAGGUAGCCUAUUUUUAUUUAAAUGUGUUGAAGUCUACAAUAAAACAUUAUACAGACAUUCCCCAAGUUGCAGGCGUGGUGGUUUCAAGGUUACUUCAUGGAGCUGGAGCACUGGCUGUGCAGGCCCUGAGGGCCUGUGGUCCCAAUGGGGUGGCUGUGGCGUGCUCCAUGGCAUCUGGAGGUGGUGUUCCUACUGAUGAUGAGCUGACGACUGGAUUGGAGAUGCAGGUCAUGAUGGUUGCAGGGAAGGGACUGGACCUAUAUAGUGUAUUACCCCCAAAGGUAGUUUCAGGCACCAAGGAAGACCCUAAUUUAGUUUCCUCCAUCACCAACAAGAGUAUAGCGGGCUGCAUCUGUGAAGAGGACAACAGUGCUGUCAUCUGGUUUUGGCUGCACAAAGGCAAGACCCAGCAGCAAUGCCCUAGCUGUGGAACCCAUUAUAAGCUGCUGCCCCACCAGGUGGCCCACUGAGCCCAUGCACUAAGUUACUCAAAAUGUGCUGUAAAGUUUCUUCUUUCC